UAACAGAAGCUAGAAGGAAAAAAUAUUCGAUCAACUCUCGCAGCUCAAAAACAUGUAUUGAAAUCAAAAGGAGUUGAAGAGAGAAGACAACAAUGUCUUGGAGAUCAAAGGAAAAGCCUUCGUUUUUCAAGGUUCUCAGCAACAUGGAUUUCCGUAAGCUACUGCGUAUGCCGCCUCAUUUCUUGAGAAAAUAUGAGUUAACUCUGCCUGCAAAUGUGAAGCUGAGAGUGGAUGAUUCUGGAAGAAGAUGGAAUGUGAGAGUGGAGCGAAUGGAUGAUGGCUUGUUUUGCUUCACGAAUGGUUGGGGGAAGUUUGCGGAAGAUGCUGCUCUCAAACUCGGAGAAUUUCUGGUUUUCUCCGUGGUUGCGAAAUCCGAGUUGAAUGUCGUCAUCUAUGAAACUAGCUGUUGGAAAAGGGAGAUUCCACCGGUUGAGUUGAAUGCCUACGGUUUAUAUGUGAGAAAAGGAGCAAAUGACGUGGCCACAUCUGAGAGAAAUGAGAAUUCGAAAGAGAGCAACCCACUCUACUUCAAGAUUCAUCUGCGGGCGUUUCACAAAUCAAGAAUUAUGCUUCCAAAACCGUUCUCGAAGGCGGCUAAAAUGAAAGCGAGGAAGCGAGUGAGAUUGGAGUACGAAGGGCGGCAUGGCGGCGGCGGAUGUUUCGCCGCGGCGCUUCGGCCGCAGAAAACGGGCAGGGUGGACCUCGGCAAGGGCUGGUACGACUUCCGGGUGGCGAACGGCUUACGUUAUGAUCGAGUUUACUCGUUUGAGAUGAAGAGUGACGACGAUCAAGUCAUCCAUGUCAAGAGACUGAAUUAAGAAAUGCAGAUGGUUAUGGUUAUGGUGAUGGUGAUGCCGACGAAGCUGCCCUACUUCAUUUCUUCUUAGUUAACUGCAGCUUAUGUUGUUUUUGCUUUUGUAGCAUUAGUUGCAUACAAAUGUAUACGGAUCAUAUAUGUGUGUGUGUAUGGAAAGAUGAUUUACUAGCUACUUAAUGUGGCUGCUUUCUUUUUGUAACUGGAAUUUUGUGUGAAUAUUAUAUACUAUGUUUGGAAUUGUUAAUAAACUUUGUUUGAAUUAA